CUGUCAAUAAUUUUUUUAAUUUUUUGACAUCUGUCAAAUAAAAGCAGUGACUCACAUUCUCAAGUGUUAUUGAUUAGAAGUACAAAUAUAAUAAUAAUUAUUAGUUUCUGAUUAAUAAUACGAUAUUUUGUUUAAUGUUUUAGAAGAGAUUAAUAAACAAUAAAAUAUGGAUAGUUUUUCGUAUCAAAACGGGGGACAGAACAGGGAGCAAGAUUUUCAAAAAUUGGCUCAAACAAUUGGCACUAGUAUACAGAAAAUCUCACAGAAUGUUUCAUCUAUGCAACGCAUGGUAAACCAGAUAGGGACGCAUCAAGAUUCGCCUGAUUUAAGAAAACAACUUCAUUCCAUUCAACACUACACUCAACAGCUUGUGAAGGAUACAAAUGGUUACAUUAAAGAUCUUAAUACCAUAUCCCCAUCUCAAUCGCAGUCAGAGCAGAGACAGCGUAAAAUGCAAAGAGAACGUCUUCAGGAUGAGUUUACCUCAACCCUGAACAUGUUCCAAGCUGCUCAGAGAAGUACAGCGCAGAAGGAAAAAGAACAAGUUAAUAAAGCCAAGGCCCAAGUAUAUGGGGAACCAUUCCUCAGUAGCUACAAAAAAGACGAACAAUUGAUUGAGUUACAAGACAGUAAUGCAGGAAGACAACAGAUGCAACUUCAAGAAGAAUCAGAGUUAAGAGCCCUACAAGAACAGGAACAGUCCAUUAGACAGUUAGAAAGUGAUAUUAACGAUGUCAAUCAAAUUUUCAAAGAGUUGGGCGCUCUUGUCCACGAACAAGGCGAAGUUAUCGACAGUAUUGAAGCAAAUGUGGAGAGAACUACCGACUUUGUAAGAGAAGGUGCCCAGCAGUUACAUCAAGCUAGUACAUACAAAAACAGAAUUAGGAGAAAGAAGAUGAUUCUAGGCAUUAUUGGUGCAGUAAUCUUAACAAUUAUUAUUAUAAUUAUUAUAUGGAAAACAAGUUAAUUGCAAGUAGUAUAUGGAGUUAUUAUAAAAUGUAUAUUAUAUGUAUAUCUUUAUGUACUAAAUCCAGCUGUAUGAAAUUUAUUUUUGCGGUACAUUUUUACCACAGUUUAAAUUCAGUGCCAAGGUCAUUUUAUUUAAACUGUUACGAUAUUAACAAAUGUAUUUAUUAUUUAGAUUGUAAUGAACUCUUAAUCUCCACAGUUGUAAUUUAUACACAUUUAUAUUGUUUGUUUUUAGUUUUGUUAUACUGUAGUUUCAUAUAUUAGAUAACUAUUGUAUUUGAAGAAGGCUUUUAAUCGUUUUAUUGUUUUUGAUUAAAUCUACAUGCAUCUGGUGCUUUACACUUUUAAUGUAGACAAACAUUAAUAGAAAUUAUGUAUUAUUCUACCAAACUUGUAUUAAAUAAAAAU